AUGUUCGAAUCCUCCUCUCCACGCAUUACAGCUCCCUAUCUGGACAGCUUCGUCGGCCGCCAUGUCACCAUUGUAGGCAAGGUCACCCAGCUUCGCGGUGAGCAAGCCACCAUCGAUUCUGAUGGUGCCGUGACUGUGGUCCUCAACCGGGACGCCCAUCUGACCAACGGCAACGCCGUUCAACUCAUUGGCAAAGUGAAUCCCGACCUGUCCAUCAAAGUACUCAGCUCUCUAGAUCUUGGCACAGAUGUCGACUUUGGCUUGUGCAGCGCUGUGGUUGAAGCCACACAUCGCCACCAGGCAAUAUUCAUCUCGGAUGAUAUGACCGGGGCUAAAUGA